UUUAACUAAAAUCAUCAGACGGAUCAAUUAUAUAAGAAACAUGAUCGCCGCAUAUCGGAUUUUAUUUGGGCUAACAUUUUUUUUAUUAUUUCUUUCCAGCAAAGGCCACGAGGAAACUAAUAUGACAGAAUAUUUGAAAAUGCCAUCAAUACUCAAACUAGAUGAUUACGAUACCUGCCUCUAUCACAACCCUGAUGGCAAUGGAAUAUAUUGUCUAUCUUAUGUUGAAGUUGUACCUAAUACGACAUCAGAAAAUUGGAGAAUCAUAGAAAAAUAUUCGUCUUUACCUAGACAUCGUUUCCGACAUGAUAUUCUUUUCAUUGGUACUUGCAUAAAACGAUGCAAGGACUUAGCAAACAAUUUGGAUGAACAGGAAUUUAAUGAGUUUUACGUUGGUUCAGCUCAACACCAGGAGAUUGUAGAUCAUUACGCUCUAGUUCAUGAUAAUUUGGAAUAUCGCAAAGCUUACGAUGAAUUAAUUAACAAGUGUCUAAACCAUGAAUAUCAGCAUAAGUACGAGUUAAAGCUGCGCUCCAAUAUUGAAUAUUGUAUAGACAGUAGCAAAGAACAAUUAUGGGACACCGCCCAUUUUAUUUUUCUAAUAAUCCUGGCAUCUAUUGUAUGUCUCUGCAUUUUUUCCACUGGUUAUGAUUACUACUUGAAGUUCAGUGCAACUCAAGACAACGGAAAUGCAUUUUUUACGACUAAAUUUAUAACAAAAAAGGACAGACUGUUAACUGCCUUCUCACUUAAAAGAAACUACCUUAAACUCCAUAGCAAUACUAGGGGUACAGAUGAUGACUUGAAUUUUUUAAAUGGUAUUAGAACGGUGUUUAAUACCUUGGUUAUUCAUGCGCAUAUUGUUAUGGGUCUAAUAACUAGGGGCAGUACAAAUGAAAUUUUUUUCGAAACGUAUCAAUUAAAUAAUUUUACUUCAUUUUCGGCUAACUGUGGCAGAAUAGUUAAUGGCAUGUUUUUCUUAAUGAGCACAUUUUUAUUAAAAAUAAGUUUUGAGAAGAAGAGCCCUAUAACUCCAAAAAGUAGUUGGAGAAGUUGUGUCGGUGUAUUUUGGAAAUUUCUAAUUUAUCGCUAUUUAAGACUUGUACCGGGAUAUGCAUUAAUAAUUCUAUACAAUGCCUCAUUUUAUGGAAAUCAAAUAGAUUCUCCAAUUUGGAAACAUCUCACUGGUCAAGAUCAUAAGUUUGCGCGUAUUAAUUGGUGGAAAAAUUUGUUAUUCAUUAAUAACUGGUCGUUGAUUGAUAGUACAAUGCCAAUCACUUGGUAUCUGGCCGCCGAUAUGCAAAUAUUUAUAAUUUUCCUCAUUGUCUUAAUUAUUAUUGCGAAAAAACCACAUUUUAAGAAGCUCAUAUAUGGUAUCUUGUUUCUUUUUUCUCUACUCUACCCUGCGAUUUUAUUGAUUAUAUAUAAAAUUCAAUAUCACGCUGGAUUCCUUAUGUUAUAUUAUCAGAUUAUGUUUAUGACCAAAGCAAAUGAUAUUGAAAAUAUAGGCAUGACCCCUCUAACAAAAAUAGACAUCUGCCUACUUAGUAUAAUAACGGCUGAAAUAUAUCUGAAACUAAAAGCCAAUAUCAAACGUCGGUCUUAUAAAGGAGUUUUCAAAUAUGAACUCGGCUGUUGGAUCAGUUUUAUGAUGUUUUAUGGAUUUUUAAAUAUUAACUACAAUUCCGAAAAUUAUACUAUAAGCAUUUUAAUGGCGGUGUUUAACACAAACAUAAUCUUCUUCUUCGGUUGUAUAGUGAUUUUGGCUUUUAGUAUGAAAUUGGGUGGAUUCAUCCGAAAUAUAUUAUCAUCAAACUCAAUGCUGAAGAAUGCUAGGAUAUCAUAUCCAGUAUACUUGUGGCAUAUCGCAGUUCUACGCAUUAUUAUGAGCCUUCACAAACAGCCCGCUGAUGUUAACAAUUUGACUAUUCCACUUUACUUUUUUCUAACAAUUUCAAUCAGUAAUAUGGUUGCUACGAUUGUAGCAAUAGUUUUUGAAUAUCCAAUCGCUGAAAUAGUUAAUAGUUUCAUUGGAACCACUCCGAAGAUAACAGAAAAAUCGAAAUCCAAGUGAAUAAAAAGGAGUACUACGUUGAAGUAGAGAAAACUUAAUAAUUAGUUAUUUUCAUAGUAUAACUUUCCUAUUUUUUUUAAAUAAAAUUAAAAUUCA